CUAAAAAUCCCUCCUGUUUGUUUUACAUGGAAUUUUUUAAGACUUUUUCUAGUCCCUGCAUCAAAAAAUUCGUGGAAACAAACACCCGAUAGCAUUUUUUUUGACGCAGCCAGUGUCCGCCACUUGAAGCCAUUUUGCUCCGACGAGUGUCCCAAUCCAGCCCGCUACGUCUCGCCUCGCAAAACGUCCCUGCACUGCCAGCGCCAAAAGAUCUCCUAUCCGUUUCCCGGCUGCCGCGCCACUCCCGCUCCCUUCCGCACCCCGAGACCAAUGCUGCCGCCGACGGCAGCAGCGGCCGCCGCCCUCCCUUCCCCGUCGCCGCACCGCCGCGGCCCCGCCGCAAGCGCAAAGUCCAUCUGGCUAAACCCCAACCUCCCGAGCUCCCACCCCCUCCACCGCCAAAAAUCCGCGGAGCUCCAGCGCCAGGACCACGCCCCCGACGUCGCCGCCCUCGUGGCAGCGCUCUCCGCGGCGCGCGCGGCCCCGGACCUGGCCGCCGCGCUCUCGCCGCACCGCCCCGUCUCCCCGCGCCUCCUCUGCACGCUCCUCUCCCGCCUCCCCGACCCGCGCCGCGGCGUCGCGCUGCUCGACCUCCUCGCUCCCGACCUCCCCUCCUCGGCGCUCCUCGUCCCCUACAACCUCCUGCUCCGCGCCGCCUCCCGCGCCGGCCAGCUCCGCCUCGCGUCGGGCCUCCUCCUCGAGAUGCGCGCCAGGGGCGUCGCGGCCGACGGCUUCUCCUACUCCACGCUCCUCGCCGCGCUCACCCGCGCGGGCCACCUGGACCACGCGCUCACCUUCCUCCCGCUCAUGGAGGCCGACGCCGUGGCGCCGGACCUCGUGCUCUUCUCCAACCUCAUCCACCUCGCCCUCCGCGCCGGCGACGCGCCCAAGGCGCUCGCGCUCUUCUCCCGCCUCCGCGCCGCGGGGAUCAGGCCCGACCUCAAGGCCUACAACGCCGCCAUCGCCGCCUACUGCAAGUCCGACCUGCUCCGCGACGCCAAGCGCCUGCUGCUCCACGACGUCCCCGCCGACGGCGUGGCCCCCGACGCCGAGUCCUACGCACCGGUCCUCGCCGCGCUCGCGCGCCGCGGCCGGCACCUCGCGGCGGUCUCCCUCUUCUCGCACAUGCGCGCCGUGGCGCGCGUCAAGCCCGACCUCUCCGUCUUCAACAUCGUGCUCAACGCGUACGGGCAGCUCGACCUCGCGCGCGACGCCGACCGCCUCUUCUGGUCCAUGCGCCGGGCCGGGGUGCCGCCGAGCGUCGUCACGUACAACACCAUGCUCCGCGUGUACGGCGACGCCGGGCUGUUCGGGGAGGCGGUCCACCUCUUCGGCCUCAUGUGCAGCACCGCCUCCGACGGCGGCACCGUCGUCAGGCCGAACGUGGUGACGUACAACACCAUGAUCGCCAUCCACGGCAAGGCGCUGGAGGACGACAAGGCCGGGAGCCUGGUGCAGCAAAUGCAGGCCAGCGGCAUCCAGCCCAACGCCGUCACCUACUCCACCGUCCUGUCCAUCUGGGUCAAGGCCGGGAAGCUCGACCGCGCCGCCAAGCUCUUCGACAAGCUGCGGGAGUCCGGCACGGAGAUGGACCCGGUGCUGUACCAGACGAUGGUGGUCGCGUACGAGCGCGCCGGGCUCGUCUCGCAGUCCAAGCGGCUGCUGCGCGAGCUCCGACACCCGGACCAGGCCAUCCCCAAGGAGACGGCCAUGAAGAUCCUGGCCAGCGCCGGGCGGGUGGAGGAGGCCGCGUGGCUGUUCCGCCGCGCGGUCCACACCGGCGAGGUCAAGGACCCGUCGGUGCACAGGGCGAUGAUGGCGCUGUUCGCCAAGAACCGGCGGCACCGGAGCGUGGUCGAGGUGUUCGACGAGAUGAGGAAGCUGGGCCACCUGCCGGACUCGGAGACGAUCGCCGUCACCAUGAACGCCUACGGGAAGCUCAAGGAGUUCGACAAGGCCGCGGGCCUGUACCGGGCGCUGAGGGAGGAAGGCUGCGUCUUCUCGGACAGGGUGCAUUUCCAGAUGCUCAGCUUGCUGGGCGCUCAGCAGGACUUCGACGCGCUGGAGCGGCUCGUCGGCGAGCUUAGCCAUGACCCCAGCAUCGACAAGAGGGAGCUCUAUCUUGUGUCCGCCGGCGUGUAUGAGAGAGCAUACAGGUUUGACGAGGCGGCCCAGAUCAUCAGCCAGAUUCGAAGUUCCAGCGAUUUUCGCAUCCAGAAACUCAAAUAAGAAGCUUGUAAAUAUCAGAUGGUUAGAUUUAUAAACACAUGAUCUUGGUGCAAUGGAGGUAAAAUUCCAAUGAUUUUUGCGUCCAGAAACUGAGAUAAGAAGCUUCAGUACCUCUUAUCAUGUCCAGAGUCGAGACAGCAGAGAUUCUGACAAAAUUUGAAUGUCAGCAAGCUUAAUAAUCCGCCUCUUGUGACAUGUAAGUCAGCAAAGAUUAAAUAUCAGAUGAUCAGAUUUAUAAACACAUGAUUUUGGUGAAAA